AUGGCAGGUCCCGAGCAGAGAGCGGACUCCCUGCGGCAGUCCAUGGAGAAGAUGGUGACGCGGCUGGACAAGGAUAAUCUGCGGCCUGUGCAGAAGGAGAGUUAUUUGUGCAUGGCCCGGUGCUGUGACACCGCGGCUGGUCCUGCAGAGCUCCAGCAGUGUGCCAACCGCUGCGAGCAGGGCGUGCAUGUCAAGCACUCCAUCAUCCAGUCGGCCAUGGCCGACUUCCAGAACAGGGUGCAGCGUUGUGUGCAGCGCUGCCAGGAUGCAGCCCAGGAGUCCCUCCCCAUAAAGCCCAGCGAGAAGGACAUUGCCAGGGCACAGGACAAGCUGGCCAACUGCGCGGCGGACUGCGCCCAGGAGUACGAACGACAGAUCCCAAAGCUGGAAAAGUCAAUAGUAGAGCAGCUGGCACGGGCGUGA